CUGGUCAUGACCAGGAUGGAACAAACUGACCUCUAUAUAAACUCUAAACAUCUCGAACUCAAAUCCUGCCCCUACUCUUUCUUUCCCUCUAAACUUUGUGGUUGCAGAGGUUUCUUUGCUAUUGCAAGCUUUUUACAAAGUACACGCCAGCUGUUUGUGUAUGUGAUUUUUGAGGGGGAGAUCAGAGGGUACUUGAAGAUGAAGAAGAAUAUCAGUGGUACUACAGAUGAUCAAGCAUCGAAGCUUGAUAGAAAGACGGUGGAGAGAAACAGAAGAAUCCAUAUGAAAGGCUUAUGCUUUAAGCUUGCUUCUCUUAUUCCUGCUCAUCACUUCAAACCAUCCAGGGAAACUGUUACACAGCUAGAUCAGCUUGACUAUGCCGCCUCCUAUAUAACACAACUGAGGGGAAAAAUAGAAAAACUAAAGCGUAUGAAGGAGCAGAGAGCUGCUGCAUCGAGCAGUUUAGGUAGCAACAGUAUGAGUACUAACAUGAUUGAUCAUAACAUGAUGAUUGGAACAAGACAGCUUCCCAUCGUGGACUUAAGAGAUUUGGGUCCCUGUAUAGAGGUGAUUUUGGUAAGUGGGUUGCAGAAAAACUUCAUGCUUUAUGAAGUUAUCAGCAUUCUUCAGGAAGAAGGAGCUGAUGUUGUCAGUGCUAGCUUUUAUACCGCGGGUGAUAAAGUUUUCCAUACAAUUCAUGCUCAGGUCAAAAUUUCUAGAGUUGGGGUUGAGACUUCAAGGGUACGACAAAGAUUGCAGGAGCUGAUAUACUGAAAUGAAAUGGGGUUUCUGUAAUUACUGAUCAUAAUUCACCAGCGAUCGUUGGAUCUCCAUUACAAGUCCAGUACUAUCAGGAGGAUCAUCCACGGAUGCGAAUCCGACCUCAAUGUUAUUGGCAAUUAUAGGAUAGUGAUGAGAGCUAGAUAGUUAAUGUACGUGGUAAUAAAUUUUCAUCAUUUCUCAGUGUAUUUACUAUUAAUAUAUAAUGUUAGUGUGCUACACAUUUAGAUCUUGGUGUAAAUUAGAGAUUAUAUAAAUAGCAACUUUCCUAGCUUAUUACA